UCAUUUUUAAAGAAUGUCUCAUGCGAGCUCAAAUUCUCUCUCUUCAUCACUUCACUCUAUCUCUGAGAGCCCCACGAAGAGAAGAACGAGACCGCGAACAUGGCUUUUAACAUCGUUGUUUGCCAUCACUUUCAUGAUAGCAACGGUUGCAAUUCUCUAUGGGCUGGGCCCAUUGAAGGCGGUCCAGUUGAGAUGGCCCGUUAAAUCCGAAAUUGUGGCACAGGGAGAGGUUGUGGGACCCGAAGACUUGGCUUACGAUAAAAGGAGACGAGUCAUCUACACGGGUUGUGAGGAUGGGUGGAUUAAGCGAGUCACGGUGGCUGACUCGGUGGCUGACACGGUGGUCGAAAAUUGGGUCAACACAGGUGGAAGACCCCUUGGACUUGCUCUUGAGAAAAGUGGUGAACUCAUGGUUGCGGACGCAGUUAAGGGGUUGUUGAGAGUGACAAGAAAAAAGAAGGUUGAGGUUCUAGCGGAUGAGGUUGAGGGAUUGAAAUUCAACUUAACAGAUGGUGUUGAUGUAGCAGAAGAUGGUACAAUUUAUUUCACAGAUGCUACAUACAAAUACUCUUUGGAAGAUUACUACAAUGACAUCAUUGAAGGUAGGCCUCAUGGUAGAUUCAUGAACUAUAACCCAGAAACAAAAAACGUAACUGUGCUUGCUCGCAACCUGUACUUUCCUAAUGGAGUUGUAGUCUCAUCGGAUCAGCAUUUCGUGAUAUACUGUGAAACUAUCAAGAAAAGAUGCAGAAAAUAUUACAUAAAGGGUCCUAAAAAAGGAAGAAUAGGAGAAUUUUGUCGUGACCUACCUGGCAUGCCAGAUAAUAUUCAUUAUGUUGGACAAGGGCAAUAUUAUAUUGCAAUGGCCACGUCCUUAACUCCUCAAUGGGAUUUAUUACGUAGAUACCCUUUUAUUCGAAAAGUUGCAGCAAUGGUUACAAAGCAUGUAGGAAGACUACAUGUGGAGGAUAAUGGAGGAGUCCUUGUUGUGAAUUUGGAAGGAAAACCAACUGCACACUAUUAUGAUACUGAAUUAUCAUUAAUCUCGAGUGGGAUCAAAAUUGAAAAUUAUAUAUAUUGUGGUUCCCUUAUGUAUCCCUACUUAAUACGUCUUGAUUUGAAGUAAUAUGUACCCGUCUUUAUCAAUGAAUGACCAAAUUACCUCACCAAAGUUUCCC